AUGAAUAUUGAAAACUUCUCAUACAACCCCACAACAACAACCACCACAACCUUAAACCUUUCGAAAAACAACCCAUACUUUUCAUUUCAUCAAACAUCUCUCGAAGGAAUCGCCGCGGUUGUCGGAGAACAAAUCCUCUUCGGACCCCACCACACCAAAACGACACCAUCCAACACCGUUUCACAUCCCAAAAACACAACAACAGAACAAACAAAAACCAACACCAUCCCCUUAAACCAGAGCUACAGAGGAGUUAGAAAACGACCAUGGGGAAGAUGGUCAGCGGAAAUACGCGACAGAAUCGGUCGGUGCCGUCACUGGCUAGGAACAUUCGACACGGCUGAAGAAGCGGCGCGUGCUUACGACGCAGCUGCUAGGCGACUGAGAGGCUCUAAGGCUAGAACGAAUUUCAAGAUACCGUCUGUUUUGCCUAUACCGUUAUCACCAAACUCGAACGAGUCUUGUUCUUCUUCUGAAACUAACAGUAAGAAAAAAAGUGCGCGUAACAGUGUUAGGAAGUGUUGUGUUGUUAGUUCUGUUGGAGAGUUGUUCAGUGGUGUACCUGAAGUUCGAAGAGAGAGGGAUGGUAAUGGUAAUGUAGUUGAGUUUGGUGGUAGAAACAGUGCUGGAAUGGUGGUGUAG